GUGAAGAAGCGCAGGCUGUGGGCGAAGUUUGUCCACACGGGCUUCCCAUCAACCCAACCACGGGGCUUUUGUUUCGCAGAGAACAACAGCAGCCCUAAACACCGCUUUUCUACCUCUUUUUACCUUUAAUCGUGUCGUUUUUGUUCAUCCAGAAACGCGUUCUGAAGAAGAGAAAGAAAAAAAGUAGGUGUGCGGCUCGGGGGACGCGUAAAGUUGACAGUUUGAUGGUGUCAGGACUUGUUGAGUCGAGUAGUUUAAAGACAGCACUUCGCCUGGACUGGACUGGGAAAAGUGUCCCUUGAGUCACCAUGAGACACUGACAGCGCACACAACAAUGGCAGAGGUGGAGAUAGACCAGUCUCACUUACCCCGUGUUGAAGAAGUGCGUCAGAACUUCGCUGUGUUAGAGGAUGGAGUCUUGGCACACAGCCUACAGGAGCAGGAGAUUGAGCAUUACUACAUGACAAACAUCCAAAAGAAUCAGCUGGUGCAAAAUGACAUCCGUGUGGCAAAGAGACUUCAGGAUGAGGAGGAGGAGCAGAGAGCACAGUACAGCGCCCUCCUCAGGCAGACUUCAAGACAAAUGGAGGAGCGGGACUUUGAGUACGCCCGUGUGAUCCAGGAGGAGAUCCAGAGGAGAGCUGAGGAGGCGCGGCGCAGAGAGAUGGACGAUGAGGAGUUGGCCAAACAGAUACAGGAAGAGGAGGAGGAGAGGAUCAGGAGGACCAGAGAAGCCAGCAGCAGUGGUUCUGAGGAGCAGUACUCUCCCUUCUCCAGCAGAGGGCAGCGUUCUACCUCUGACUACAGCUCCUCACACUUUAACAGCCCUCAGGCAGGAACCCCCAGGGGACACAGAACAAAUGCACGUUUACGGUCAAGUGAAGGACAUUCAUUUAGAGAUCCAAGAGAGCGAUUUUUGAGCGAAGAAUCAGACGGAUCAGAUACAGUUUUCUCCGAACGUUCUUCUGUCAGGUCCAAAACUGUGCCUUCUCAAUGCCAACGCCAGCUACGAGACAGGAACUGUAGAAGUCUAAUGUCUCAUACAAGCUUUCCUGAACACUAUAAUGACUAUGAAAGGGAGCACUUAGACGAAGACUAUAAUGAAAAUGGUUAUGAUGAAAGGAGCAGACCACGGAAUCACGCUAUAGAAAGGGAUUCUAGACAAGAACGUGAUGGUUGGCAUAGAAACCAGGAUCUACAGACUGAACUGGAAGAGGUGAGGGAAAGGAGAUGUAAGCGAACUGAAUCAGUGAGGCUCCCGGACAGGCGUAGACAAAGUUUUCGGGAGGCAGCCAAAACAUGGGCGUACAAGGACAAUCCUGAUAAACAUGUGCGAUUUCGUGAUGAAUCCGCGAAAUCGCACAGGUCUCAGGACGGGCACCAAGAAGUGUGGGAGAUGUUGGGGCAGGUGCUUAGAGAGAGGGGCGUCCCAGUAAGGAUGGGUGACAACGGGGUGCCUCUUCAAAUAGGAGCAUCGCAAAGGAGGGAGAGGAGAGACAGCCACUGUCUUUACGGGAGCGAAGCAUCCUGCAGUGACACCCAACCACAUCACAGGGCUUUUCAAAGGGCUGUCACCGUGAGACACAGUUUCCAUGGAGAUAUCCGCGAGAGGAGACGCAAAAGCUUCAACCGGGAGCAAACCCAAGGCCAGCACUGUGAACCUGUACAGCUGGACAGAGAAAUCAGAAGAAGAGAGUCGAAUUUGAGCAGGGAAAGACAAGGAAGUAGAAGAUGGAAGGAGCAUAAAUAUGUAAGGAAUGAUGAAAGCAAUGGAAACGAAUACCGGAUCACAAGGACUACAAGUGAGAGGAGGCCAGUGCAUAACAAUGUACACAGGAGUGCAGAGGAGGAGCGACCGGACAGGAGAGCCCCAAAUAGGAGCCAAAGCCUGAGCAGCAGCAGGGCUUUGAGGUCCAGACACACGCCCCCCACAGAGCGAGACCGGACGAGCCUGGAGCUGGGGGAACUGCAGCAGGUUCUUCAUGAUGAGGAAUUAGCCCGAAAACUUCAGGAGGAAGAGGAGAGAGUGCUGAGCAGGAACCCCGGGCCUUCACCUCAUAAUAACUCCAACCCGGAUGGAGACUUCAAAGUUGCCCAAGUUGCACAAGACGAGGAAAUUGCACGCUACAUACAGAAACAGGAAAUCAAAUCAAAGCACCGAUCUCGUGAGCUAGAAGGACCUGUGUCGUGGCGAGAACACAGAGCUAUGAUGCGUCAGCAUGACAGAAGGGCAAGAGAGGUCCCUCGAGAAAGACUUGAUUCUGAGGGUCUCCCUUCUCCCACUGAGGACUGCUCCCCCGAGGAGCAGCCGCACAGCCCAGUCUCCACACUGCAAAAUGCUUCACAGAUCAGGAACAUUGCAGAGGAGUUGGACCCAACAUUUCAGGUUCGGAGGCCGGGCACAGAGAGCCUCGGGGCAGCACAAACCGGCUCCUGCUGUGUCCCACUUCCAGCUCAGCAGUCAGGUUUUCAGGAAGAGCCCACCUUUAUCCCACCCACCAAAAGACAAGCGGAGAAAUCCGUCCGACCUAAGUCCAAAGAGAAGAGGGAAAACUGCAAACAACAAUAAAUAUUUGACACUGAAUCCAGAAACAUAUAAAUCAAAAAUGAUAGUUUUUCUGAGCUGUUAGCACUUUAGACCACAGGAACAAACUACAUCAUCUGUGUAUUAGUCAACGCAUGAUUAUGAUUCAAAGGAGCAGACCUACAUUAAGUAAUGUAGGCCAAGUAUUGUUUGAUAUUGUGUUUAUUUAAGCAUAUUCAAUAUAUUUGUUGCAUUUAUGUUGGAUUCUUUUUUUAAGGCCUAUUUUGUAAUGGAAAUUACUUUGAUUCAUUUAUACAUGUAUUUUGUAUGAGUAUUUCCCAUGAAUGGCAUGUGUCAUCUAUGCAUUUUUCAAGAAAUGAAUGAUAUUAAAUAUGAAUAUUUAAAUGCUGACAAUCAAAUGACGUGUUUGAACAUUGUUCUAUAAAUAAUACAGCAUAUUUACAAAACAGCUGUGUCAUUAACGGGAAGUUUGACUCAUUAAAUGAACAAUUAGUAAAGACGACUCACUAAAAAAGUACACUGAAGAGCUUUAUAAGCGAUGACUCAUGUUGACAAAGGAGUCCACUGUACUUUAGAGUUUUUAGUAGUGUUCUACAUGAGAAAUAGUGGCCUGACGGUAUUGUCAAAAUGCUUUCAAGUUUUUCAUAUCUGAUGGCAUCGAUUUGUACAUUUUAUAUAAAGUAUGCCCCUGCUUUGCUACCAAGUGCUGACUUACUGUUU